UCCUGCACUUCAUGGUCGGCUCUCCAAGUGCAGCAGUUAGCCAGGACUUAGCUCAGCUGCUCAUUGAAGCUGGGCUGAUGAAGAGUAGUGAGCCCGGAGAACCGCCUUGCAUCACAUCUUCCGGCUUCCAGUUCCUUCUGCUGGACACCUCUUCUCAGCUCUGGUACUUCAUGCUGCAAUAUCUCCAGUCCGCUGAGACCCGAGGCAUGGAUCUGGUGGAGAUCCUUUCCUUCCUCUUUCAACUCAGCUUCUCCACUCUUGGCAAGGAUUAUUCUGUGGAGGGGAUGAGUGAAUCGCUGCUAAAUUUCCUUCAGCAUCUUCGGGAAUUUGGCCUGGUUUUUCAGAGGAAGAGGAAAUCCAGGCGUUACUAUCCCACCCGUCUGGCCAUCAACCUUUCUUCUGGCAUCUCAGGCGUCACAGUGGACACCCACAACCAGGGCUACAUCGUUGUGGAGACAAACUACAGGAUCUAUGCAUACACAGACUCUGAGCUCCAGAUCGCCCUCAUUGCUCUCUUCUCAGAAAUGCUUUAUCGCUUCCCCAAUCUGGUAGUGGCUCAAGUCACGCGGGAGAGCGUGCAGCAGGCUAUCGCAAAUGGCAUCACAGCAGACCAGAUCAUUCACUUCCUACGUACUAGAGCCCACUCCGUGAUGCUAAAACAGACCCCUGUGCUGCCCCCCACCAUCACGGACCAGAUCCGCUUGUGGGAACUAGAACGGGACCGACUGCGCUUCUCUGAGGGUGUGUAUCCGAAGGAAGAAAGCCUGUUGGGAAUCAGCGGGAAAUGUGAUGAGGGAAGGGAGUAUACAUUCUCUCCCUUAGGCAGAUUCUUGUGCUUUGACAGUCCCUCUCCAUCUCUCCGUAUCUCUUCGGAACAGUUAUUAGUCUGCCUUUUCCCUCACGAACCCAUCUGCUGCUUAGGUUCAGUGGCCUGAACGAUGCUUUGCAUGCCUUCACCACUGAAGGGGAAGCUGUCGGUGUGAAGGAACAGGCCUGGGGCUCUGAGGCAGUGGAACCACUUCCUUGUGGUUUGGAGCUGCCUCUGAUCUUAUAGGUGUUCAAAGAAGACGUCAAACCAACCUCUACCGGAAGGUCUGAGCUGCCAACUGAGUGUUGUGCCCCCUAUCUGU